AUUCAAUUCCACAUACAGAAAACAUGAGACUCAAUGUUGUGCUAAUUCUGAAAAUUUUCUCAUGUUUCUGCAUGCAGUCUUUUUUAUCUUCCUCUCAUGCACAAACCCUAGAUUUUCCUGUCCUGCUCAAGCAAGGGCAACGGCUAGCCGAUCGAGAUAGGAAUUAUCUUGUUUCGGAAAAUGGCGGUUUAUUCAAGCUAGGGUUCUUGAGUCCUGGAACUUCAAGUGCUUCCGGUGCCACCAGCUAUCGUUACUUGGGCAUGUUUUACACAAGUCUUCCAAGUCAUCCAGAUGCAGUGUGGUUGGCUAACCCUAAAACUCCGAUCAGCGAUUCGUCGGGUGUUUUCACAUUGGAUAGUGACGGAAAGUUGAAGAUUGUGUACAGUGGGGGGGAAAUAUCUGUAUCAGAUUCCAAUCAAACAGUUUCAGGUAAUGUGACUGCCUCUUUUCUGGACACUGGAAAUCUUGUGUUACAAGAGUUUGCUUCCAAUGGAGCAUUCGGAAGCGUUUUAUGGCAAAGUUAUGAUCAUCCGACCAACACAUUGUUGCCCGGAAUGAAAUUAGGCAUGAACUUCAAGACAGGACAGAAUUGGACACUUUUUUCAUGGUUGAGCGAUCAAGUCCCUGAGCCAGGCGCUUUCAAGCUAGGCGUGGAUCCUGGUGCCGCCAACCAACUGGUCAUCUGGCGGCGAGGGGAUGUGUACUGGACUAGUGGUGUAUGGAAAAAUGGUAGUUUUCUAGGAUCCCCUGAAUUGACAAGAAGGGUAGAUUUGUUUGAGUUUACUUUUGUUUCAAGCAAAGAGGAGAAGUACUUUUCUUAUUCCGUGAAAAAUACUUACACAUAUUCAAGGUGGGAACUGAGUUUACAGGGGCAAAUUUCGCAGUCCGUUUUAGCCCCAAACAAGACUACUUGGGAGAGCACAGUUACCGGUCCAUGCAAAUUGAACAUGAAUUAUCCGGAUGCAAUGUGCAUAGAGGAGAAGAUUACAGAAUGCAGGAACGGUUCUGAGCUGUUUGUGCCGAUAAGAGGUUAUUUUGCUGCGGUCAAAUUCCUAUACGCUGAUGAUGAUACUAGCUUGGCUAUUAGUGAUUGUCAUGCUGUCUGCUGGAGAAACUGCACCUGUAUCGGAUAUGAAAGUUUGUAUACCGAAAAUGGGACUGGAUGUGUGUAUAUGAUGGAAGGAGCAAAAUUUGAAGAGAGUGAUUACUUUGGCUUUACUUAUAUCCUCACUAUAGCGAGGAAUAGUAGCAAAGAUGGAACUCCUACUGAAGAAGGAAAAAAAAUCGGAUCAGCAGGAAGUGUAGCGAAAAAAUGGUGGAUAUGGUUUAUCAUAAGCAUUACACUUUCUGUGACAGUGCUACUUUUAGGUUACUUGUGCUACAUAAGGAAAAUCAAACGUAGAUUCAUGCAACACACCGGCCUAGAGCAAGGAUUAAAUGAGUUGAGAUCUCAAAUUACCAGAAUCGGCAAUGUACACAGGCUCAAACUAGGCAAAAGUAUAGGCCAGGAGUUUCAGAUGUUCAGUUUCUCUGGAAUAGUAGCUGCAACGAAUAAUUUCUCAUCUGGCAGCAAGCUCGGAGAGGGUGGUUUUGGACCAGUUUACAAGGGUGUGUUACCAGAUGGCCAACAGGUAGCAGUAAAGAGACUAGCCAGAAAUUCGGGACAGGGACUAGAAGAAUUAAGGAACGAGAUUACACUUAUAGCUGAACUUCAACACAGAAAUCUUGUUCGGAUUCUUGGUUGUUGCAUUCAAGGAGAAGAGAAGAUUUUGAUCUAUGAGUACCUGACGAAUGCAAGCUUGGACGCCUUUCUUUUCGAUUCAACUAAAGGGAAGCAUUUAGAUUGGCAACAACGCGUGAACAUAAUCGAAGGGAUUGCGCAAGGACUUCUCUAUCUUCACAAGUAUUCUAGAGUUAGAAUCAUACACAGAGAUUUGAAAGCUAGCAACAUUUUACUUGAUGGAAACUUGAAUCCUAAGAUAUCAGAUUUUGGAAUGGCCAGAAUUUUCGAACAGAAUGAAUCCACAUCAAAGACGAAGAGAGUUGUAGGAACCUACGGUUAUAUGUCUCCGGAGUAUGCCAUGAAAGGCAUUUUCUCUGACAAGUCCGACGUUUACAGCUUCGGAGUUCUAUUGCUGGAGAUUGUGAGUGGCAAAAAGAACACUGAAUUCGUUUCAUCUACUGCUCUUAGCCUCGUUGAACUGGCUUGGGAUUUGUGGAAACAAGGUGACACUCAAGAGCUAAAGGACACGUCGGUAGACUCGUGCCCGGAAGACGAAGUUUUGAAGUUUAUUCAUUUGAGUCUGCUAUGUGUGCAAGAGUAUGCAGCUGAUAGACCUACCAUGGCAGAAGUCGUAUCCAUGCUCACAAGCGAUUCCAUGUUUUUCCCUGAUCCGAAGCAACCUGCAUAUCACAUUUCGAGAAGUGAAGUUGGGUCAUCGAGGCCUGAUGGGAGGCGACCGGACAUGGGUUCGGCAGAUUAUGUGCCCAUAACUGUGAUGGAAGCCAGGUAAUUUUCGCGAUCGAGCAGUUCGUGUCGAACCAAUCUUUCGAGGAUGAUGUUCUGAGGAAGAAGCUCGCUGUAGUAGAGCAACGUCGAAACUGAGGCAGCAGGAUUGGUAGC